UCAAAAUAUUUUAAAAUAAAGUUAAAAGUUUUAUUUAUUUUUAAAACGCAAUAGUAUAAAAGGAUCAUUAUGAAUAUUCCUCCGAUUCAGCAACCAGGAACAAUUGGUGUAGGACAAAUGACACAGUCUGUAAAUGCUCAACUUCCUCAAAAUCCACAACAAACACAACAAACACAAGUUCAACAGCAACAGCAACAACAACAGCAACAACAAACUCAAGAAAAACUUGAUAAUAUUUCUAAAGUUAAAUCAUUAAUUGUAUCAUUAAGAGAUUCAUUGGCCAUAGCUCUUAAAACUGCAGCACAUACAUUACAUCAAAAUAGUUUAGUAGAUGUUGGAUCUUUGAAAGGUGGUAUUGAUCAGCCAGAUCAUAGAUUCAAUAAAAAUAUAGAGGAGUUUUAUUCUAUUUGUGACCAAAUAGAAUUACAUUUAAAAACUUCUAUAGAAUGUACAUCACAAAAUUCUAGUUCUCUAAGAUAUCUUCCAGUACCAGUCAUGCCACAACGUACUGAUACUGUUGGUACUCAAGAAGCUUUAACAUAUCCUCAAUUUUUAAUGACUGUAAGAGCUCAAGUUGCAUAUGCUCGUGAAGUUCAUGAUACUUUAGUUUCUGCUGCACAAUCAAUAGCAUCAGGUGAAUUACGAUACUCUGCGCGCAUUCAGUUCGCGGGGAGCGCUCGUGCAGUGCGCGUUGUUGUCCCGUGUUCCUCUAGAUGGUUGAUCACGUGGGAAACAUUGCGCCGAGUUUUCGCGAUUCCGUGGCGGAGAAGGGCCGAGGGAAAGGGAAUAAAUGUGUGCGAGUCCGUAAUGGACAACCCUAGCGGCGGAAGAGAUAGUCGGUACGCAAGUCUUGGAUACAGCAUGGGGAUGAUAGGCAGCGACGCUGGCUCGGAAAUGUACGGCCGACCGUCCACCUCCCAACUUACAACUUCUCAAAUAAGCCGCGGUGGCGCCACCAUGAUGGCCGCGGCAGCCGCUGCAGGCGCACCGAACGCCGGCGUGGGAUCUGUACAAAGGGGUAUCAAGAGGACCACUUCGGAUGUUUGUUACGAUGACAGCAAUGCACGGCAAGCUCUUUCGCAACAACAAGGCAUGUCGAUGUCUACUGAUUGUGUUCCUGAUAAUCUUGAGGAAUCAUUUACAAGUUUGGGUCAACCGAAAAAGUCACCUCCAUCAAAUGGUAAAAAGACCAAAGGACGGGUCAAAAUUAAAAUGGAGUACAUCGAUAAUAAACUACGAAGGUACACUACCUUCUCCAAGAGGAAAACUGGAAUUAUGAAGAAGGCGUACGAGCUGUCGACAUUGACAGGUACACAAGUGAUGCUCCUCGUAGCAAGCGAGACCGGUCAUGUGUACACAUUCGCGACACGAAAACUGCAGCCGAUGAUAACGAGCGAAGCCGGGAAAGCGUUGAUCCAGACUUGCCUGAACAGCCCGGACCCGCCCGCCUCCGGUUCCUCCGGUGACCAGAGGAUGUCCGCGACCGGGUUUGAGGAGACAGAAUUGACCUACAACAUAGCGGACGACGAGCAGAAAGAAGACGGCACUUCACCCAGGUCGGACGUGUGCGCGAAUGAAAGCGACGGAGACACCAGUGAUGGCGAUUCUCCCGUGUCGAAGGAUCUCUCGAAAAAUCACUCGGGUAUAAUGUACCAGAUGCCACAGACAGUGAUUUACUCGCCAAGUCCAGGGGUUCUACUCGGUAUCGGUCAAAAUGGCCAGCCGGUGCAAAUAUCUCAAGAAGGAGGCACGGUAGCCCCGGUUAACACGGCGCAGAGUAAUCAACAGCCGUUCAUCACGAUACCGUUGAACGUCGCGAUGAGCGCCGCCGGAUUGUCGCUUCCGGUCACUUCCAGGAUGAAUCUAUCGCCGUCGCCUCGAUCACCGACGACCACGACAACGGCAACUGCGUCGUCCAACUGCGAGCUGCCAUCGGAUCUGAGCAAAGAUCGUGAGUGAUAUAUCGUGGAUCGAGCCUCGAUUAAGAAAAACCCUCCUCGAUACCUGUUGCUCGCCGACGCAACUAAAAGGCUUGACCCGACGAGAUUGGACGGGCCAUCUUUUUUCCAAUCCAUCGUUUCGCUUCACCGAAGCGAGGACGUGUAUUGUGUGAGAGAACUCGAAAAUCUUGAAUCGUGCUCUCGAGAGAUGCACGUUUCGGUUCUCGAUUCGGAUCGAUCGAUCCGACGAUCGAGGCCGCGGUCGAAGAAGCGUUCGCGUUCACACAAGGAGAUCACACGAUGCUCGACGAAUGUUCGACCUGCAUGUGGUUGGUAUAUGGUGAUUGGUAUAUGGUGGUUGGUAUAUGCUGGAAUUAUGGCUGCCAAAUUCGAUGCUCAACAAAGGAUGGCAAACGAGCCCAUCGAACUUUUGAUACGAACGUUGUUGCGUUUAAAUUAAAAACUUGAGGCGAGGGUUUAUAUACAAUAUUUCAUAUUGCUUAGAAUUUCUUUCUGGGUGUGAACCGUGUCCAACGGGAAUUUUAUUAGCACUGUAGCUUAUUUCUUCGCGGAUCAUUGCGUGUCAUUUGACCCCUCGAAGAAGUUAUUUAUCAUGUUGGCGAAAAAUUUCUAUUGGACACGAUUGUUAUGCAUUCUGUGGAUAUAAUUACAUGAGUUAAUGUUUUUUUUUUUUUUUUUUUUUUAGUGAGAUAAUAAAUAAAUAAUUUGAUCUUUGAUCAGAUACGCAUGAAUUAAUUUGUUGUCAUUUUAAAAAAAAAUAAAAAUUUUAUUUACGGUAAUAUUGUGAUAAUAUUGUUCAACUUUGUGUGUGAAAAUGCAAAUAUUUAAAUUUAAAAAAUAGAAAUCUAAAAGCGUUGAUUUAUAUUAAAUAAAAAUAUUGAUAAAACGUUAAUUAAACAAGUCUUGCUAUCAGUUUAGAAAUUUAUUGAUACAAAAUGAAUCUUGAAAUUGCCUUUUCAAUACUUUUUGUAUUUUCAGAAAAAAAUGACUCUUGUAUAAAAUUAUAUACAAAAAUUGAAACUUUUAUAUCAUUUAUCUUCUUUAUAUAUAUUUAUCAUAUUCAUUGUUUCAACGCUUUUGCAACCAUGAAUUUUUUGCAAUAUUACCGAUAUUCUUAUUGCUAAUAUUUGUUUAUUAUCGUACGAUUUUAUUAAAAAAUCGCGAAUUUUAUCGACAUCCUCUUUUGCACUCGCGAUAACCGACGGCAAUACGUUUCGACGCGAAGAAGCUUGCCAUCAUUCUUCAGAUCUUUGAUGAUGUUGAAGGAUAUUAUAACGAAAAUUAAAAAACAAUCUUUAUUUUCUUCUAGAGAAGAAUAUAAUAUUUACAUGAAUAUUAUCCGUAGAUAAUCGUAUCUAAUAAGAUCAGAAGAAUUGUGAUCGUAUUCAUGAUUAAAAUUGCUCAUUUUUAUUAUGAGUUUCUUAUUUUUUUAAAAGUUAUCAAUUGUAUAUCAGAAAAUCAUAGAAAAAUACUGCUAUUAAUCGAGUGCAAAGGUGGGAAUUUUGUGGAUUUUUUCCUACGUACGAUUUUAUAUCUAUGAUAUAAAUUAAAAUUAAUUCGAGAUAGGUUGUGGUAUGAAAUAAUAAUCAAUGUGAAUUGAUAUAUAUAUUUUUCAUUAAUGCUGGGCUUCGUUUGGCCGGCAUUUAAUCGAUACUGGUGCAAUACUAGUCGAACGUUCUGUCCGAUAAUUGUUCCACGAAAUAACUGUUUGUACUUUCCUCAGUAGAAUUCACCCUUUUUCGAGAUAUUCAAUGUUUCGUUAAUUGUUAAUAAGGAGAUUCGUGAAAGGGAUCGAUAUUUUUUCAACGUUAAACGUAUACAUAAAAUGUAGAGUCGUUUAGAGAUUGGCGAAUGAGUCGUAUUAUGAGCGCACAAUUGUUAAAUUGAACGAUAGUAAUAUGAAAAUAAAUUAAAGCAAUGAUAAAAGAUCGAAAAAUUUUUGCGGUGAUAUAUUUUAUAUGCGCAUCAACGAUCCGAAUUUUGUAUUCUUCGAAAUGUAUUGAACAAUUCGAUACAUGAUCAUCGUUAUGAACUCCAGUUUCGAUCAUAAAAAAAUCAUUUGAUACAAAUUUCUCAGAGAUAAAAUCUCACGAUUACAAACAAAAGAACAAUAAAUUUGAAUAAAAGAGAUAAUUGAUAUUAACAAAUUGGUGAAGAAAUUCUUUUCGAUAACAUAAUAAAUAUUUAUUACUAUAAAAAAAUAUCUAUUUUUUUAAAAAAAAAGAAUUGGAAAAAUGACUUGAAAACAAGAAAUACGUUACGUAUAUAUUAUAAAAAUAAGCAUAUCAUUAUUUUAUUCAGAAACUGGAAUUCUAAAACGAAAUUACUUGUAGAAUGAUCUAAUGAUGGAUCGUUAUGAAACGGUUAUGGAAUUCAUUGUUCGAUUGCGACAAUUUGUUCACUAUGUUUAUCCUAAAAAAACGAAAGUUCAAAUUGUUCGAUAAUUGUUUAUAAAAUAUGAAAGGUAGAAAAGGUAUCGAAGAUCGACGAUUCGUGGGACGACGAUGACUUCUCAAUCGUACAGGGUGCUUUUAAAAUAUAAUCUAUAAGCUGGCGUUAUCGUUUUUUUGGACUCUAUAGGGGAGAAAAACUAUUAGAUAUAUUUUUUAACACGAAAGUGCGAUUAACUAAUUGGUUUAUUCCGAUUGCACGUUAAAUUUGACCGAAAAUGUUUUAUUUAUUAACUUUUAUUCGGAUAAUAAAGAAUAAUAACAAUGUGUUCGUGGUGAUACUGCAAAUUAUAUAGAAAUUUCUUGAAUUCUUUGUAAUUAUAUAUACAAUGUAGACAUGGUAAUAAUAAUAGCUACUCACAUAUUUCGAAAUCGAUAUAAUCGGAUAAUUAACAAAAUUGUUCAAUUGGUCAGUGAUAAUGUUGGCAAUCGUAAUUGUUUGUUUAUACGAUUAUGAUGAUUAAUAAUUAACCGUAAAUUAGUAAUAAGCACGCAUUAUUAUCAGCCAGGUUGAUUUAACAGUAUUUUUAAUCACAAUCUCUAUUUUACACGAUAUGGAAAUAAAUUAUCAGCUUGUGAUAGAUAAAUCGGGAAGAAUUUGUAUUUUUUUACAAUAUACCUACGAAUACGAUUUUUUAGUGCGGACAGUACUAUCGAAACGUGAGAAACAUCAUCUAUAUUGCCAUAGGAAUUUUUUCUUCUCUUUUAAACAAUUGUAUGUAAUAGCUUGUAUAUUUUUUUUCAAAGAUUUAUUUUAUGUGUUAAUAAAUUUUACUUAUAUUUUUUUUUUUUUUUGGAUAAAAAUAAAAUAAAAUAAAGUACCUGUUUCUUGAAGAAUAUUUGAAAAAAGAAAAAAAUAAUUCAUAUGAAAACAAAUUAAACAAAAUGCACUUUUUUAAAAUAUAUCGAGUUUCUUACGUACACUAUUUGAUAGUGCCUUCCUAUAUAAUUCAAGAACGUAGAAAAAAUUCAAGGAACCUUAGUAUUAGAUUUAUAAAUAUUAAUAUCGUCAAAAUAAAUUUUUCGAAGUUAAUAUUAAUGUAUUUACGAGUUUCUUUAACUUUUUUUUAUUAGCGCUGGUUCCUAUAGUGCUAGUCAAAAAAUUGUACCUAGUCAGUGAAAUAUGCAAUGAAACAAGCAUUUAAUUUCUAUAUCGUAACAUUGUUCAAAACAGAUAAAAAAAAUCAUUAAAUUGAAAUUUUAAAUAAACAAUAAAUAUUAAAUUAAUUAAUAAAGUAAUACAA